AUGGGAGCUCCAGGAGCCCGUGGAAACAAAGGAGAAAAGGGGCAGCCUGGGGAGAUGGGGGAGCCUGGAGAAAAGGGCACCAAAGGAGACAGAGGUGAAAGUGGUCAGAAGGGAGAACCAGGAAUUGGGUUCAGAGGCCCUGUUGGUCAGGCUGGACCCCCAGGAUUUAAGGGUGAGCCAGGGGCUCCAGGACCUCCAGGAGCCCAGGGCAUUCAAGGCAUUCGUGGCAGUGCUGGCAUUCCUGGCUCACAGGGAGACAGAGGGGCUCCAGGUCUACGUGGGACACCAGGACAGAAGGGUGAGAGUGGGAAGAGAGGCCGGAAUGGACUUGCUGGGCCUGCAGGACCAUCAGGAUCCCCAGGAAAAGAGGGGAUUCCUGGGACACCUGGGCCCAAAGGCAACAAGGGUGACGAGGGCAUCAUGGGAGUCCAGGGCCCCAUUGGUAUGAUGGGUCUAAAAGGUCUCCCAGGUGUGAAAGGCGAAAGAGGUGAUCGGGGACUUCUGGGACCCAAGGGAGAAAGAGGUGAGACCAUGACUGGUUUUGGACCCCAAGGCUACAAAGGCAGUAAAGGAGAUCCUGGUGAACAAGGCCUGCCAGGUUUUGAUGGAGACAAAGGCGAGAAGGGAGAGGAUGGACCUGCAGGAGAAAAGGGAAUCAGAGGUGAAGCUGGCUCCAAGGGAGCCAUGGGGCUUUUUGGAACAAGAGGACCAGUGGGACAGAAAGGAGAGCCAGGAGAACCAGGCCUGCUGGGCUCUGCCGGUACAGCAGGCCUCGAUGGGAGGAAUGGAAUCAAGGGAGCCAAAGGUGACAGAGGUCUUCAGGGACAGAAGGGGAAGCCAGGAGAAAAAGGUGAUCCUGGGAUCACUGGAGACAUUGGGCGGAAAGGAAUAAAGGGCUUACGUGGGCUGCCAGGACGCAUUGGUGCUCCAGGAGCCAAGGGCAUCAAGGGAGAAAUUGGCAGUCCUGGAAAACCAGGAAUCCCAGGAGCAGAUGGACCAUAUGGACCAAAGGGUGAACAAGGAGCACCAGGUGAUGACGGUGCCUUUGGGAUUCCUGGGGAGAAAGGAGAAAAGGGGUCAAAGGGAAUUCCUGGUUUGCGAGGCUUCAAAGGACAAAUGGGAUGGCCUGGAAAAGCUGGAGCAGCAGGACCAGAUGGACCUCAAGGGCCCCAGGGCAAACCAGGACCACAGGGUCCACGAGGGAGAAGAGGAAGACCUCAGCUCUGCCUCAGAGGUCCUCCAGGCAUGGAUGGGCAAAAAGGAGUAAUGGGUGAAAAUGGUCCAGCUGGUCAGAAAGGAGAAAAGGGAGAUCCUGGUCUUUCUGAGGAAGAGGUGAAGGAGGUGGUCAGGAGCGAAAUGAGAGGCCAAUGUGAUUGUGGAGAUGAGCUGGGAAGGAUGCUUGUGGAAAAGGGACUGGAAGCAAUUGAACUCAAGAGGCAGCUUCAAGGGUAUUUUCAGCCUCAAAAACACCCUGGAAGGGAUGGUGAAAACUGGGAGGAAAUGCCUAACAAAACCCAGAGUAUGACCACAUGGAUGACACCAUCAGAGUCCUUCCUGGAGACACCUUCUCUUACGACAGUACUCAAAGUCCAAACAUAUCGCAAGAAAGUGCAGUAG